AGCAUCUUCUGCUCAUAUCGAUUUCGAUCAGAACAUUCUUUUGUUCUGGCUUUGUUCUUUUUCCUUACUUGUUGCUUGCUUAUAGAUCUUUUUAUCUGUAGUUUGAGUGGAGGAGAUGAAUCAGCAGGAGCAUUUUGUACUGAUUCAUGGACUGGGGCACGGAGCUUGGUGUUGGUAUAAAGUGGUUGCUAUGCUGCAGAGACAAGGCCAUAGAGCAGUAGCUUUGGAUCUUACUUCUAAUGGCAUCAACAGGGAAGCUCCUGCCCAUGAUGUCAAAUCCCUUGCCCAAUAUGCUCAACCUCUUCUUCAAUAUAUCAGUGCCAUACCCAGUGGUGACACGGUGAUUGUUGUGGGGCACAGCCUAGCAGGAAGUGUCGUAUCAUAUGCAAUGGAGAGGUAUCCGCACAAGAUAGCCAAGGCCAUAUUCAUAGCCUCCUUCAUGCCCCUUUCCAAUCAGAGCUACCUGGCCUCUUCUUUCCCUCAGGUGUUUCCAAGGCUACUGGUGAAUGGAGUAGUGAAGUUAAACUACAGCGAAGGAAAGAGCUCGGAACAGCCCAUCUCUGCUUCCUUCAAUUUGGAUCACGUUAAAGAUUAUCUGUACAACGAGAGCUCGGAACAGGAUGUGAGCCUGAGCAAGUUACUACUGACAUCAACGCCAUAUUCAGUGGCAGAGGAGGUCCUUCAUUUGACUCCUCAAAAGUAUGGAAGUGUGCAGAGAUUCUUUGUGAAGACAGAGAAGGACAAGCUGUUCCUUCCCCAAGACCAGGACUACACCAUUGAACAGAAUCCUCCUGAGAGAGUAUUCCCCUUGGAAGGCAGCGAUCACUCUCCUUUCUUUUCACAACCUCUUACCCUCUGCAAUCUUCUUCAGAAGAUUGCCUCCCUGUGAUUUCAUUUUUCUCACAGCAGUAAUACCCACUUUGUCCUUGUGGAAGACAUUGUUUAUUAAAGUUUUAAUCAAAAUAUUUAACCAAGUAUGUUACUAAUUAGCCUCCUGACCUUAUUGGCGAGACUUUCUUUCUUCUUGUUAGGUGUGCUCCUCGGAUGAAUUGCUAGUAUACUAAAUCAUUUUUGAAAAAGAA